AUGGCAGACAUUCUUUCAGCAGUUGGUGGUAUUGUAUCCGCCGGUCUCGGGGUAGCAAACACAAUCACUUCAAAAGCCGAAGGUCUUUUCGUUACAGUCACAUCUGGUGCUGACGGUGCUUGGCACACUGCAACUAGUGGUGUUGUUGUUGAAUUCAACUCGCUUACUUCAGAAGGCGGUCAAGGGUAUCAAAUAGUCACUUCAAAUGCCGAAGGUAUUGCUAGCACGAUUACGCAAGGUGCUGUUUCUCAAUUUUCAUUGGUUACUAGUGGUGGAGCAGCACGUGUGGAUUCAUUGACUGGUGGUGGUAGCAGUUCAGAAACUAGUACCGCUUCAACUGGCGGCAGCGAGGAAUCUGGCUCAUCUUCAACCUCGGAAUCGCCUUCAAGCUCUGGCUCAUCAUCAGAAUCAGGUUCAUCCAAAUCCUCUUCAGGAGCUGGUGCUUCAAAAACAUCUAAAUCAUCAGAAGAGUCAAGUGCUUCGAGUUCUACUGGCUCUUCGUCUUCGUCAUCUUCAAGCGCUGCUUCACCAAGCAACAUUGAUUCAAUGAAGCAUUGGAAAAAGACUUUAGUCGUGGGAGCCUUGGUUGGUGUUUCGUUUGUUGCUACUGUUUUGUAA